AGUUUCAGUUUCGAUUAGAGGGUUUAAGAAAGGCUGUGAGUUCUCUGCCAAGGGCUGGGAACAGGAAGAAGAAAGGGAAUUUCCAGGACCAAUCACUACAUCAAAAAUAGCCACAGUUAAAUAAGUGAACAGCUGUUAGAACUCUUGCAAAGUCCUCUUUAACCAGCUUUCCACUGGUCUUUGCUCCUGCUAUUUUGUUAAGACAAAGUAACAUCUCUGACAUGGCUCCGUCAAUCCACAUGCCAGAGCCCAUGUGCCUCAUUGGGAAUACAGAGGAGCAGUUAGUUGUCAACCAGGAAGCCCUGGAGAUCCUGUCUAAUAUCACACAGCCUAUGGUGGUGGUGGCCAUUGUGGGCCUCUACCGCACCGGCAAAUCCUACCUGAUGAACAAGCUGGCUGGGAAGAAAACAGGCUUUUCUGUUGGCUCCACUGUGCAGUCUCAAACCAAGGGAAUCUGGAUGUGGUGUGUGCCUCACCCAGAGAAGCCAGACCACACCCUAGUUCUGCUUGACACUGAGGGCCUGGGAGAUGUAGAGAAGAUUGAUGAAAAGAACGAUACCCAGAUCUUUGCACUGGCAAUCCUACUGAGCAGCACCUUUGUAUACAAUACCAUGAGCAAAAUUGACCAAGGGGCUAUUGACCUACUUCACAAUGUGACAGAACUGACAGAUCUGCUCCGCACAAGAAACUCCCCUGACCUCAGUGGGGCUGAACAAACUGCUGAUGUGAGCUUCUUUCCAGACCUGGUGUGGACUUUAAGAGAUUUCUACCUGAGCCUGGAAACAGACGGACAAGCCAUCACCUCAGAUGACUACUUAGAGAAUUCACUGAAGCUGAAACAAGGUAGCGAUGAAAGAACUCAGAGUUUCAAUCUACCCCGUCUAUGUAUCCAGAAGUUCUUCCCAGUAAAGAAAUGCUUUAUUUUUGAGUCACCCACUCAUGGCAAAAAGCUUGCCCAGCUUGAAGAACUGCAGGAUAGUGAGCUAAUUCCUGAAUUUGUGCAACAGCUGACAGAAUUUUCUUCCCAUAUCUUCAGCCAGUCCAAGAUCAAGACUCUUCCAGGAGGAAUCCAGGUCAAUGGGCCUCGUCUAGAAAGCCUGGUGGUAACCUACGUCAAUGCUAUCAACAAUGGGGACCUGCCCUGCGUGGAGAACAUAGUCAUAACCAUGGCCAAAAGAGAGAACUCAGCUGCAGUACAAAAGGCUAUUUCUCACUAUGACCAGCAGAUGGGCCAGAAGGUACAGCUGCCCACAGAAACCCAACAGGAGCUUCUGGACCUGCACAGGGCCAUUGAGAGUGAGGCCAUAGAAAUCUUUAGGAAGAACUCUUUCAAGGAUGAAGACCAAAGUUUCCAGAAGGAAUUAGAGACCCUACUAAGUGAAAAGAAGGACGAGAUUUGUAAGAAGAAUGCAAAAGCAUCUUCGGAGUGCUGCUCAGCCUUAAUUGAGAGUAUUUUUAAGCCUCUGGAACAAGAAGUGGCACAGGGGGUUUAUGCUAAACCAGGAGGCCACAGCCUCUUCCUUCAGAAGAGAGAGCAGCUGAAGACACAAUACCAACAGAAGCCUGGGAAAGGAAUACAGGCUGAGGAAGUUCUGCAGAAAUAUUUGCAGGCCAAGGAACCUCUGAGUAACACGAUUCUACAGACAGACCAGCGUCUCACAGCUAAGGAGAGGGAGAGGGAAGCGGAACGUGCUAGAGCAGAGGCUGCCAGGGCUGAAGCACGGAGGUUGGAGGUGCUUCGUAUUCAGGAAGAGCAAAGGAGGGCAGAGAGAGAGAGACUCCAUCAAGAGCAACUGAGGAAAAUGGAAAGAGAGAAAGCAAACUUCCUGGCAGAACAAGAGAGGAUCCAGAAAGUGAGACUCCAGAAAGAAGCUGAAAGGAUCAAGGCAGAGCAAGAAGCCCAUCUCAGAAGACUUCAAGAACAACUCAACCAGACCAGGUGUGAAACUCAUCAUGCAUCAAAUGGAGAUUGUAUUUUACUCUAAACAAAGCAAAAAUCGAAGCUACCCUUUCUUACUCCUCACUAAAAGACAUAGAGGAACAAGAAAUGAAAGCAUUUGGGACAAUAGUUAAGAACUCGCAAUGCUUCCUGUUUAACUGCCACACUUGUCUCAGGGUGUAAGUCACCUAGGGGGUGUUAACCACUUGCACUUAGUCAAGUGGAAAGUGACCCAGACCUUGGGCUCAUUUGGCCUUGGGCUCACUUGGCCAUCUCUCCUGCUGAUGGGCAUGUUCUGGGUGCCACAGGAAGGAGGCACCCAUGGGAAAAUAGAAAAAAAUGUAUACUUCUCAAGUGGGUGGAGGCCACUGGGCUUUGGGAAGUGGUAUGGCCCCUCGGUACUGUCAGGUGGCCAUCUGUAUAGAGAAAGCCCAAGCUGAAAGCAGAUAUUGUUACCACGAAAGGAACAUCUGUUAGAAGAUCCAAGGGAAAUAUAUGGAUGGAAAUUGCCUCUUAAGCUUAAACAACUAAAGAAAAAGCCUUUCCUUCUCUUUUACUUCUCUUUCAUCUACACUAAAGGAACCGCUAAAGUAGGAUAUUUUAUAAUUGAAACAAUGAAUAUUGAACUUAAUAAUUGUAUGCUUUAUGACUAUAAUUCCUUACAGAUGGUAAAUAGAUGGUAUAAGAAAAAUUAUAAAACAUGUCAAAAAUCUAUUUCUUUGUAUGCUUGCUUACAGUGCUAAAGUUGUCACCCUAAUUCUUUUGCAGUCACAUGUGAAAACCUGCUGGCUUCUUUAAAUAAAAGAUUAUAUGAAAAUA